AUGAGUGUGUCCAGGACACGUGACCCUGCUUGUGAUCUCACCGUCCAGCCUACAGUGAGCACCCUACACAUUCCCGCCUCGCACACUUUUAUCCCCUUUCAGCAAUUCUCCAUUUCCGACGGCUCGGGUAUCCGGAAUCCGGCUGACGACAACAACAACAAGACAGGUCUGCCUGUGGUCUCCGUUGUAACGGCCGUGUCUGGGUUGUGUCCGGCGAUUCCUGUGGUCAGUAUGCAUCAGACAGCGCAACUCGCUCAAGCAGUGGUCACGCCGACCAUCAUCCCAGCUGUGGUCACUCCGAUGACUGUCCAAACUGCCAACUGUCUAACUCCGACUACAACGAUGACAGUGGCCAACACACUCAACAUCGGCAGCCAUAUCUCAGUGCCGGUUCAGCACCAUACUGUCAGCAUUGCCGGAAUUAACGUCAGUGCUCAAUCCGUGGCACCCAUCAGUAACAGUAUGAACGCUACAACCUUCACCAACAACAACCAAAACACUACACCCACGACUUUGAACAAACCAACCGUCUCCAGCAACGGCACCAACAAUAGCUCUUCCCCCAACGCUACAAAUUUUUCUAAAACAAACAGCAGUAACUCGUCCAAACCGCCCUCAACCCAGAGCUCGGCCACAGAGCAGAACGAGGACCUGGUCAAACCAGUGUUUAAAGAUGGAGAACUUGUGCUAGAAGUAGAAUGUGGACAAAAUAAAGCUAUUCUUUACCUCUCCAAGCUAUGUCAGGGUAGCAAAGGUCCGUGCAUCAGUUUUCAGAGCUCCUGGCUCACGCCCAAUGAGUUUCAGUUUGUGUCUGGCAGAGAGACUGCCAAAGAUUGGAAGCGAUCAAUCCGUCACCAUGGCAAAAGUUUAAAACUGCUACUGGCCAAAGGGAUUCUUAACGUGCACCCCACAAUGUGUGACUGCGAUGGAUGCCGACAGGGGGCGACACUG